AGAUCGAACAUCGAUCAAUCGAUUGAACGUUUAGAUUUGCCACUGAUUACAUUGAGAGUGCCACGUGGUCCCGGCAUAGAAUGAGCCAUCCCUUCCUUUAGAAUAGAAUAGAAUAGAAACAUUUAUUGCCAUACAAUUACAAUAUAAAAUAUAAAUAACAUAUACAAAAAGUGUCCCAUACUCGGCAAAAGGAACCGGCUCAGCUGAUGCUGCGAGUGUCCCAGCGCAAUGUGAACAGCUGCACAGCGCUGCUUCUCAGCCAGUCCCUCUCUUAACAAAACAUAACUAAAGUGAAUAUUCCGUGGGUGUCGUAAGAGGCAACUAAGAGAACUUAUUAGUCGAACGACGAACGGCAGCGCCCCUUUUAAAACAUAUCCAAAGCCUAAAUGCGGUUAGCAAUACGCCUGCCAACCGUGGCAACCACUGACAAUAAAACCUAUAUUUGUUCUUGAACUUGUUUCAACUCGUUCUUUUGCGCUAAAUUCCCAAUUUGAAAGAAAGAGACAAAGCUGUGUAAUAGUGAAAAUAGAUUCGUAGAAGGUUCUAGUUUUUAUGAGUUAGGGUUAUUUUAUGGCAUGCAGAAGAACAUAGGCUACUUUUUGCCCCUAUCAGUCCACAUAUUCCGGUUACGCAGACGAAGUCGCGUUUAAAAGAUAGUUUAUUUCAAUAUUUUUUUUUUAGUUUUUUUUUAUCACCUUCAUGCCUAAAUCUGGUAUAUUAAAGAGCACCAUGACGGAGAAAGUCAAGAAACGGCAUUCAAUUGUAUCGGGAAGGAGCGAUUUUUGGUCGUCGUCCGAAGAGGAUGAAGGUGUACAACCCCAUGAGAAGGCCAUCGCGGCUGGCCAACCCAACCCCCCGUACUGUGUACGCAACGUUGAACAGCAUGCGUUCGGCAGGAGAGAGAUAGAGAUUGCCGAGCAGGAGAUGCCUGGUAUUAUGGCCUUGAGAGCCAGGGCCAAGGAUGAUAAACCCCUCAAAGAUGCCAAGAUAGUAGGAUGCACACAUAUAAACGCACAGACGGCCGUAUUGAUAGAGACGCUGGCGGCCCUCGGCGCUACGGUCCGCUGGGCGGCGUGCAACAUCUACAGCACGCAGAACGAGGUGGCGGCCGCACUGGCACAUGCAGGCUUCGCGAUCUUCGCGUGGCGCGGCGAGAGCGAGGAGGCGUUCUGGUGGUGCAUAGACCAGUGCUGUACGCCGGCGGCGGGCUGGCAGCCCAACAUGAUCCUGGACGACGGCGGCGAUGCCACACACCUCAUGCUGAAGAAGCACGCCGCAGCCUUCAAACAUAUAAAAGGUAUAGUGGAGGAGAGUGUGACGGGUGUCCACAGACUGUACCAGUUGAGUAAAGCUGGCAAAUUGUGCGUGCCAGCGAUGAACGUCAACGAUUCAGUGACAAAAACCAAGUUCGACAACCUGUACUCGUGUCGGGAAAGCAUAAUAGACGCUUUAAAGCGCAGUACGGACUUGAUGUUCGGCGGGAAACAGUCGGUCGUGUGCGGCUACGGUGAAGUCGGGAAGGGGUGCUGUCAAGCGCUUAAAGCGCUCGGUUGUGUGGUGUAUGUAACAGAAAUCGAUCCCAUAUGCGCGCUACAGGCCGCCAUGGAUGGCUUUAGGGUUGUCAAAUUGAAUGAAGUAAUAAGGCAAGUGGACAUAGUGAUAACAGCGACGGGCAAUAAGGGCGUGGUCACACGCGAGCACAUGGAGCGCAUGAAGAACGGCUGCGUGGUGUGCAACAUGGGCCACAGCAACACCGAGGUGGACGUGCACGCGCUGCGGACGCCAGACCUGCUCUGGGAGAGGGUACGCAGCCAGGUGGAUCACAUAAUUUGGCCUAAUGGUAAACGUAUAGUGUUGCUGGCGGAGGGACGGCUCGCCAACUUGUGCUGCUCCUCGCUGCCGUCGUUCGUGGUGUCCGUCACGGCCGCCACGCAAGCCCUGGCGCUCAUAGAGCUGUACAACGCACCGCAACAUCGGUACAAGGCCGACGUGUAUUUAUUGCCGAAAAAAAUGGACGAGUACGUAGCCAGUUUGCAUCUGCCCACUUUCGACGCGCAUCUAACAGAGCUGACCGACGAGCAAGCCAAAUAUUUAGGUCUCAACAAGGUCGGCCCAUUUAAACCUAAUUAUUACAGAUACUAGCAUAAAAUAGUAUAUCCAAAUAACAAUACGUGUAAAACAAGACACAAUAGAAGGUGAAACGCAGCGAUAAUGAAGUUGUAACGUCAGAAACGCAACGGGUACGCACCGAUAACGCACGGAAACGCAGUGAGAGUUAUAUAUUGGUACUGAGUUAUAUGUUGGUUGCGUUGCGUUAAGUUAAAACCAAACGGACUAAGUCACUUGUGUAUUGUUAAUUUUAGUAUUGUGUAAGCUUUAUAUAAACCGCUUUCGAUGGUGUUCUGACAAAAUAGCAGGCUUUGAUAUUGUUCACGAAUGUUAAUAUAUUGUAAGUGUGUAAGUGAUUAACUUUAUAAGUUUUCGUAAUGCACCAAGAUUUAAUUUUUGUAUUAACAGAUUUUACACAAUUUUUUUUUUAGUACAAUAUAUCACAAAAUAGGCCUUAGGCGCUAGACUGUCGGACUUUGACGUUAAUAUUAGAUAGUACGGUCAAGUGGUUUCAAAUAUGAUACAAAUACACAUAAGAGCAUGGAAAUUUAAAAUAAUAGUUCCUCAUUCUUCUACCAGUAGGAGAACGUAGGAGUAGGAGGAAACGCCCUUAAUAACAUUUUGUCCUUAUUAUUUUGCCUUCAAUAAAAAGAGAUAAAUCAACUUAUAUCUGAAGGAUUAAAAACCCUGCCACACAUAAAUCAUAAAGGGACUUAUUUUGUAUAAACCACGGAUGUAAAUGUACCACCGCGUUAAUAUUACGCCUUCAAUGCGAGAGGCAUAUUGAACUUGGCGAGAUAUGCAAGGUAAAUCCUAUUAUUGAUAAGUGUAAGAUGGGCAUUUUAACUCCACUGAUGUGUGCCAUAGAUUCGUUAAUGUCUUUUAAAUUGGAUUUUGAAACGACGACUAGAGAGAUGUUUUCAAAUCGACUAUUAUUAUUUUUUAUGUUACUCGAUUACGUCGUCAAUAUAGAACCGAUUUUUAAUUUUUUUUGCGACUUUAAUCCCGUGUAGAUCUUUUGGAAUCGAUACAAUCGAAAUUCUUUUUGAGAUCGUUAGGGUUUAACUCCCGUGUUGAUUCCAUUUUGAUUCUGUGACGAUUGAAGCCGAAAUUUUUCUUUGCGGAGCGAAUCCUGCUUGUUGAAGGAAAUUUACUUGUUCAUACACGAGACGCUGUUUACCUAUACUAAUAUUAUAAAGAGGAAUAAUUUGAUUGUUUGUUUGUUUCUAAUGGAAUGAAAUUUUUUAGAAACUACUAUAAUUAAAAAAAAAACCCAAUAUAGAAAGCUUCGUUACCAGUGAGUAACUUAUAUUAGUUAAUUUUAAACUUUCACAUUGUUUACAUAUAUUUUAAAUACACAAUCGCGACUUAACGCGAUGUAAAAGCCUUUACAGGUAAACAGUACCUACAUGCCUGCUUCUUUAUUUCCGACUUUUCCACAUAGAUUAUAUCACGUCGUGGUCACGACAGGACAGAAAUGAGCGGUGUCUUCGUCUAGCAGCCCU